AAUUUACAAUAUAUUUUAUUAUCGCCUUUAUAACUUUGAUUUGUGGAACAAGACGUCAACAAAAGAAAUAUCAAAGUAGAAUGUCAAAUCAAAACAUAAACUGAGAGAGAAAAGAGAUUAGCGAAGUUCUGACACGACAGAUUUCUAUUUUGCUUCUGCAUAGAAAUACAAUAAUAAAAAAAACAGCUAAACAAAUAAAACGAUAAUAUCCACAUCAUAGGUUUCAACACGUAAAGUUUACGUAGACAAAUCCAAAGCAGUAGUUUAGAAGCCGGAUAAAGCUAGUUUUCGUUAUAGUUGAAAAAUUGUGUAAAAUAUGUCUAACACCGGUGAUGGAGACAAAUUGGAAGAGAAAACUGAACCUAAGGUUGCUGAAAUAGCUGCAUCGAGUAUUCGUUCCGGUCUCGCAGAGUUGGAAUUGAAAACAUCGCAAGUACUUCAACGUUUAGAAAACGUAAAAACGAUUCCCGCAACUGAACGGGAAGAGUCUGCCAAUGGAGCAGAAAAUGAACAAGCCACUAAGGAAAAAUCAAAUGCAGCAGUUUCUUCCAAACUUAACACUUCACUGCAUGGUGAUCGCAAGCUUCCUGCCGAAAUAUUAAAAUCAUUAGAAUGGUUGAUAUCAUAUGCAGAUUCUGAAGAUGAUCCCGAAUAUCCGUUACCCGCAUUGGAUGAUGUUUCACACUUAGCACUUAUUUCCCAUAGCAUCGUAGCAUAUUUAUCACAUUUGGAUAGACAGCAAUUAUUACGUGUUACUAACAGUAUAGCCGGAGAUACCACACGCUGGUUGGGCACACUUUUCAGAUUUGUUGAUCCCGCUAGUAGUUUUCACACGGAUAAUGCUGACGCUAUAUUACGUACUGUUCGUUUAGCAAUUGUAGCGCAUUGUCCCGGUUAUUUAGAGGGUGGCAUACCAGCACUAGCACAACCUUGUUUUUAUAUAUCUGAAAACACCACACCAUUGCGACUUCAAUUUGCUUGCAGGCAGUUGGGUUUGCCUUUGGAAGCUAUUCGACUUAUUCCUGCUAAUAACACAUUUGGCACAAUGGAUUUGUCACUCCUACAAAAACAAGUGCAGUUUGACUUAGCAUCAAAUCGUACGCCAUUAUUAGUAGUCGCAGAUAUUGGGGCUUCUUUAUGCGGUUAUGUUGAUAACUUAUUACGGAUGCGCGACAUAUGCAAAACGCACAAUAUGUGGCUGCAUGCUACUGGACAUGGUUUAGCAUCACUUGUAUGCUCACAUGGACCUGGCGCAGUUAGCGAAAUUGUGGAUUCCAUUGUUCUUAAUUUAGGUAGUUGGUUUGGAGUGCCGAGCUUGCCCAUUGUACUGUUACAUAGGCAACUACAAAACUCAGCAUUGACGGCAUUUGAAUCUGAUCCCAUUCUGUCGCGACGUUUAAAUGCAUUGUCAUUAUGGACCAGUCUGCAAGCGUUAGGUCGUGAAAGCAUUUCUGAACGCAUACAUAUAGCAUUUGAAACUUGCGGUUUAUUAUUUGAAUUUGCCUCGAAAUGUGAAGGAAUAAGAGUAGUUAGCCGCGCACCAGGGGCGCAAUCUGGUGUCACACUUGCUGAUGUGGUUAAUAAACCACUUGAUGUAAAUCUUCUAUUUGAAACUGCUGCACCAGUCGUUGUAUUUCAGUUUGAUGGCAGCACAACAAUACCCAUUAAUAAAUCUACAAAUUCAGCAGAUAAUGAACAAAGUAUUUCCGAAACUGCUGCUAAAACGCUUGAAAAGGUCAACAAUGUUUCUUACUUUGAUCGUUUAAAUUCUUGGUUGGGUCAAAUUUUACAACGUGACUGUCCAAAUUUCGAUUUUGAAAUUAUUGAGCAUCAAAUGCAUGGAACUUGCAUUAGAUAUUGUCCUUUAGAAUUAGGCUUAGGCGAACAGCCGCCUACUGUCGAAAAUUUAGAAAACUUCGCGCUAAGUUUAGAAAAUCAUGUAGAUAUAUUACGUGCUACUGUAAAACACAAAGCUACAUUUAUACAUUUGGUGGAGAAGAGUGAUGUGCUCCGUAUAGUUAACUUACCAGAUUGGGCCGGAAUGGGUGGUGUACGUUUUGUGCCUGAAAAUUGGGAAUCAUUACUGACAGAUCAAGCAAAAACUGAACUUAAUAAAUUAAAUAUUGAUUUAGUUGAAGCACUCAAAAGUACGGAUAAUGCCUUCUCACUGGGCGAAGGUCCGGAUGGCCUUAUAUGCGUAAGAUUUGGUAUGGUUACGCAUGAAACCGACGUAGAAGAACUAUUAGAUUUGGUGGUGUCUGUAGGACAAAGCGUACAAGAAAAUUCUAGAGUACUUGAUACUAUGUCAGAAAUUGUCAGAAAGGGUAUUGAAGCUGCAACUGCUGAUCUACAACGUGAAACGGAAGAGAAAUUAUGGCAAGAAGGUAUUUUAAGACAUGUACCUGUAGUAGGACGUGUUUUUAACUGGUGGUCACCACCUCCUAAAGAAACUGGCAUUAAAGGCCGUAGUUUAAAUUUAACACAGGGCGUAGUUGAAAGCACAGAGAAUAUAUACAAAUAUCAUAUGCAAAUGACCGGUGCACCUAAUCAACUGCCAGCAAAUAAAUCUCCACCAACGCCUUUGGUGCAAACUCCAGUUAUUUCUACCGCAUCUAAUACACCGCCUGUAUUCCCAACAACAGCAACUACAACUGCUGCAGCCACAACACCAAUAACAAAAACUGCUAGUGCAACAAAUGUAUCUAACACACCUCCCGAUGGUCAUGCACGUACUGUUAGCCAAAGCAGUGGUAAUUCAUCGGUGCCUGAACUCGUGGCCGUAAAUAACGUAAUCAACAGUAAUUAAUUUUAUAUACAAUAGUUGUUUUCUGGUGCAAUAAAAUGAGAAAUUUUACUCUUCUACCUAUUCCAAAAAGCCUAACAUUUUUUAGCUUGCAUGUAGAAGGCAAUCCAAUGCUUUUUGUAGUUAAGCAAUGAAUAAAAAUGAUUAUAGAUAUUUUGUAAUUUAUUACAAAGCAGAGAUAAGGUUUUAAAACUGUUAUAUUAGAUUUAAGCUAUAUAGGAUAAAACAACAACCUUCAAACAACAUUGUUGUUGGCAUCCUAAAAUAUAUUUAAAAUAAUAGAAAUCAGCAAACAUAAUAUGUACUUUAAAAAAAAAAAUAAAACUCUUUCUGAAAAACAUUUAUAGAAAUAAGCAAACGAAGCUUGUCUUCUCAUCUUGUAAUUAGACUAAAUCUUUUGCUGAAUAGUGUCAAUUUAAACCAAAUUAACUUAAGAAGUUUUUAAUUAA